AUGUACUACUACAUCUACAACUACUCUAUCUACGGAAUCAUCGCUUUCUGGGUCUUGUCAGUCCUGCCUCAUUUCAUCGGACUGUUCAUCAUUGCGAAAGCGAACAACUGGAACUACGACAACCUUCGGCCAUGGACGCUGGCCCAGACCACGAAACUCAGAGCUAGCGUUCCAGUGGAAACAUGGUCAAAGUUCGAGAAGCUGGAGGCAGUAUCCAGAAACAGUUUCGAAAGUUUCCCACUGUUCGCGACGGCCGUCAUCUUGGGAACGGUCGCAGAUUUGUUGAGAGACAGUAACUGCCUCAACGCAUAUGUCUUGGUCUUCCUUGGCCUGCGCAUCAUUUAUGCACUGGCAUACGUCUUCGCAAGGACGCAGAAAUGGUCGUAUUUGCGAACCGCGAGCUGGAUGCUGUCAAUUGUUUCGUCGCUGGGGAUCAUCUAUCAGGCAGCCGCGAAGCUCUCGGAUAGGGUUGUCAUGAGCAUCUAA